GUCAUUUUUUAUAUAAAUAAUAAUUUUGAAGUUUCAUACGAAGUUGAAUUCAAUAAUAAAUAAAAAUGCGAUUAUACAACUUUUUAUGCAAAAAAGUAGGCGAUUUAACUGUCAAAUACUCCAAUUUACCUGAAUCGUAUAUUAAACGUAGUUAUGAGCAGGUAUAUUGGAAGAAUCCGAAGGGUUAUCCUCAAUAUCCCGCUGCACAAGUAGCUCGUAAAAAGUUCCGUUUCACAACAAAUAGACCAUGGACUAUGCAAUUUGCCAGGCAAAACGAACGCACUAAACUAAAUAAAAAAGUUUUCUUAGAACCUGUCGGAGAAUGGAGUUUUUUCAAAGGUGAUCGAGUUGAAAUAAUGGUUGGUAAGGACAAGGGAAAGCAGGGUAUUGUAAGUCAGGUUAUACAAGAACGGAACUGGGUUAUAGUGGAAGGGCUGAACACACAUUUGAGAGUAGUUGGCAAGGACAAGGAUUUUCCAGGUAUAACAAUACAAUCAGAAGCACCAUUGCUGGUCACAACCGGUGUCAAGCUUGUGGAUCCUGAGACCUUGAAGCCAACAGAGGUAGAAUGGAGGUACACUGAAGAAGGGGAUAAGGUGCGUGUUUCCUUAAGCAGUAGUCGCAUAAUACCGUUACCGAAGGCAGCCGAGGAAACUUUUGACUAUAAGAGCAAGGAACUGUAUGUGGAAAACCCUGCGAAAGAUACGGUGGCUGCAGAUGCUACAAAGAUUACUUUUGAGCCGAAAUUAUGCACCUUCGAAAUGGAUAUAAUGGAAUCAAUGGGCAUAAAGGAAGAUAGAGUGCCGGCCAAGUCGUAUUGGUAUUAGAGUCAUAGACAAUUAUAGAUAAUUUAUAGAUGAUAUGUUAAGUGAUGUGUUAAAUAAAGAUCUAUCUUACU